UGUCUUGUGAUUUUGUAUAGCUUUAAAAAAAAGUUUUAGUGGAAAGUUUCAGUCACGUGUCAAAAACACAGAUUUUGUGGAAAUUUACCGUGUAGUGAGACGUGGUGUAGUUUUGGACCGCUGUGGCGGCAGUGUUUCACUUCCUCACAUUCGUUUGACAGCGUGGAAACGUCACGUGUGAUUCACCCAUUCAUCAGCUGCGUGCUUUUGUUUUCGUUUUCAACCAACAUAAUUCUUAUUAGACGACGGGAUCAGGUUCCACGAGAUCUUCCCGUUCACAGCAUAAUUCCAGCUUCGAUUCCAGUUGGACUUUGUCCCGCGAUGUCUUCACGCGCUCGGCGUUGAGGUGCCUCUCCCAUCGAUUUGAUUGGCUGCACAUUGCAUCAGCAGCGGGCAGUGGGCAGCGCGCGGAUCUCGCACCGUCGGCGUCGAGUUCAGUCCGAUCGGGAGCAGUAGCGUGUUGGAGAUCUUCGAGUGCAGUGCAGCAAGAAGAGAAGCAAACAGCAGAAUACAUAACAAGUGCGUUUUGAUCCGAGUGCGAGCAGUCUUUGCGGGUUCCGUUAGUUGUUCAUGAAAAUUCAGGAAAACUAUUUCUCUGGCCCGGUGCGGGAGUGCUGUGAUCCGUGGUUGCUAAGCGAAUUGGUGGUGCGAGCGUAAUUUUUUUUUUGGAUCAGUGAAAGUGUACUUCAAUCGGAGGUUGAUACAACCAGAUAUAUCUGUACCAAAGAUAUUUGUCGUAGUCAACAAAUAGUCUUCAUCAUCUUCCAAAGUCAUGGAGAGCACAACGGCUAACGCAUGGACCAUCUGUGAUCCCGUUCAUGGUAAAGUGACGUACCCGGCGUACGUACGAGAAAUUGUUGACACUCUGCAAUUCCAGCGGCUCCGCAACCUGAAGCAACUGGGAACCAGCUCGAAAGUGUUCCCUUCCGGUACACACACCCGGUUCGAACACUGUCUAGGGGUUUGCCAUUCUGCCGACAAGCUGCUGAAAACGCUGGAACGAAACUCCGGUGUACAGAUAAGCCACAUCCAUCGGAAGUGUGUUGUCCUUGCAGGACUGCUACACGACAUUGGCCAUGGGCCAUUUUCUCACAUGUGGGAAGACUUUGUCCACAGCGGCAGUGACAAACAUUGGACGCACGAGCAAUCGUCGUGCGACAUGGCGCGCCAGUUGUUUGCGAACAACGAAAUCCAACUGUCGCAGGAAGCGUACGAACAUUACUACGCCGAGCAGUUGAUCUGCGCUCUGAUAACCGGCAAUCAGGAGGCACUGAACACCUUGCUGACGCCGGACACCAUGUACCUGGCGGAGAUUGUGCACAACAAGCGGUACAAGAUCGAUGUCGACAAGUGGGACUACUUGCUGCGGGAUGUGUUCUACCUGAGCGGUGUGGUACAGAUAGGCACGGAAUUCGUGCGGCUGUUCGAUCACGCCCGGGUGGUGCGCGAUGGUUCCGGAAUCACCCACAUUGGCUAUCGGGCUAGUGAUUAUCGGGCGAUAGUGGCACUGUUUGAGGCGCGUACCAAACUGCACAUCGAGUGCUAUCAGCAUCCGACCAUACUGGGACUGGAAAAGAUGAUGAUCGAAGCUUUUACUCUGGCAGAAGAAAGCGGAUUCAGAUUACGAGGAACAAAAAUUUCCGAAGCACACCUCUCGCCCGAUAUCUAUCUGUACCUGGACGAUAGCAUCGUGAACCUGAUUGAAACCAGUAGUGAAAGCUCGCAACUUCUUGGUGCCCAACAGUUGUUGGCGCGCAUUCGAUUGCGAAAGCUGUAUACCCGCCUGCACACGUCCACCGAUGGUCCCUGUGACGUCGAAGAGCUGAACAAACGGUUCGGAUCGGAGGAAUUCUUCCAGGUGCGCAAGCGGAUCCCGUACGCCAGCCAGAUGGCUCCGCGGAAUGUUCCGCUGUACGAACUGGUGGACAACGAGGUUCGGUUGAUCGACGGAAGCGAAAUUGUCGAAGAAGUCAUGAGUGCUCUCGAAGAGCAAGGUUUUUUCGAACAGUAUAUUGUGUAUUGCAAGAGCUCCAACCCCAAAGUCAUCAACAGCGCUCGAGAAUACCUGAGAAGCAAGUCGACAAAUCAAUCUGUUCAGUAAAGUAUGUGUAAUUCAUAUUCUCUUUUCAAAUCCCGCGUGGAAAAAAAAGGUUUUAAGAAGUAUUUUUCUCUGUCCUUUUGGAUGU